AAAUUUAUCCUCAAGCAAACCAACAGCAUUCGGCCUACAUCUCUCCUCCCUCACUGAUUUACUGAAUGUGACUUGCAAAUUCUCCAGCAAAUCAAACUAUUCUAAAAGUUCAAGAUCAAAGAACCUCACAAAGAUAUAUUUCAAGCUUCUAAUACAAAAAGUAGAAGUUUUCAGAAAAGCCUUGGAACGAAGUUGAAGCUCUGACAUGAAUGAACAAGGAACUCUGCCUGAAAUGAUCAAAGACUGGACAAAAGAUCAUGUUAAAAAAUGGAUAACAGAAGAACUUAAGAUUGAUGAAAAAUAUGGACAAAUUCUGUUCAAUGAAGAAGUCACAGGAUUAGUCCUACAGGAAUUAACUGAAAAGGAUCUCAAAGAAAUGGGGCUGCCACGGGGUCCAGCACUUUUGAUAAAACGUAUGUAUAACAAACUGAAUACAAGUUUCCCUGAAAGUGACAACCCCAAUUCCAGACAAGUACAUGAUACAAAAUCCUCCAAAAAAGAACAUCAAAAAAAGCCAAAUCUGGAGAAAGAAUUAAUGCCAUCCAGUAUAGAUCAAGAUCUCAGCGAGAGCAGGAAUAUCAAAGACCAAGACUCUAUUCCUAUGGAAGAGAAUGCAGCAAAUGAAGUAUCAAACACUAUUGACAAGAAAAAGAAUAAACUAAAAACUGAAAAUUUGACCUGCCCUCCAUAUCCUUUUGAUAACUUCCACGAUGGCCAAAGAUACAUAGAACAUUAUAUCCUACAACCUGAAACAGGACCACUCAAUCUCAUUGACCCAAUACAUGAAUUCAAAGCUCUCACAAAUACAGAAAAUGCCACAGAAGAGGACCUUAAGAUGAAAUUUAGCAAUGAAACCUUCCGAUUUGCAUCAGCGUGUAUGAAUUCACGUACCAAUGGUACCAUCCAUUUUGGAGUCAAAGACAAGCCCCAUGGAGAAAUUGUUGGUGUGAAAGUCACCAGUAAGGAUGCCUUCAUUGAUCAUUUCAAUCUAAUGAUCAAAAAGUAUUUUGAAGAAAGUGAGAUCAGUGAAGCCCAGAAGUGUAUCCGGCAGCCAAGGUUUAUAGACGUCUUACUGCAGAACAAUACUCUAUCAGACAGGUUUGUCAUUGAAGUGGAUAUCAUUCCCAAAUACUCGGUGUGCAAAGAAAAGUAUUUCUACAUUAAGUUGCAAAGUCUUACAGAUAAAACAUGGAAACAAAACCAAAAUCUUUCACUAUUUGUGAGAGAUGGAGCCAGCUCCAAGGAUAUACUGGCCAAUGUCAAGCGACGGGAGAUAGAGUUUAAAGCAUUUUAUGAAAACUUAAAGUCAUGUGCAGCAGCUAGAAAAGAUGCAGAAGAAGAACACCAAAUGAAGACAACAAAGAGAGAAAGUGAAGGACUAAAGUUGGUUAAACUUCUCAUUGGAAACCGAGACUCACUGGAUAAUUCAUACUACAACUCAUAUAUUCUUGUAACAAAUAAAUGCCAUCCAAAUCAAAUGCAGCACUUGGAUUUUCUAAAAGAAAUUAAAUGGUUUGCUGUGUUGGAGUUUGAUCCUGAAUCUAGGAUCAAUGGAGUGGCCAAAGCUUACCAAAAAAGCCGAGUAGCAAACAUGCACUUUCCAAAUCAGUAUGAAGAAAAGAAAACCACCAUGAGACAGAAGAUUUCUAGUCUGAAUCUAUAUGAGCAAACCAGCUGGAUCUUCUGUAAUGGCAGAUCAGACCUGCAAAAUGAGACAUACAAACCUCUAGAAGCACAUUUAUGGCAGAGAGAUAGAGCAUGUGAGGUUAGAAAACUGAUUUCAUUUCUCACAGAUGAAAACUUAAUGGCAAAAGGGAAAUUCUUAGUGGUGUUCCUCUUACUGUCUUCAGUGGAAAGCCUAGGAGAUCCAUUCACUGAAACUUUCUGUGCUUUCUAUCAGGCUCUCAGAGGAAUGGAAAAUAUGUUGUGUAUUUGUGUCAACUCAAAGAUUUACCAGCGUUGGAAAGAUCUACUGCAAACAAGAUUAACAAUUGGAGAUGAAUUAUCAAAACACAGUGUCUCCACUUUAAAUAUAGAACUAAUAAACAGUACUAUCCUUAAACUAAAAUCGUUGACUCAGUCAUCAAGAAAGUUUUUGCCCUCCUAUGGAUCUUCCUCAGUUAUCCUAGAGAAAAAAGAAGAGGAUCUCUUGACUGCACUCCAAAUCCUUUCUGAAAAUGAAUGUAAGGAAACAGAUAUAGAGAAAGAUAAAUCCAAAUUCCUAGAAUUUAGGAAAUCAAGAGAAGAACACUUUUAUCGAGGAGGCAAAGUAUCCUGGUGGAACUUCUACUUUUCUUCUGAAAACUAUUCUUCAGCUUUUGUUAAAAGAGACAUGUAUAAAAACCUUAAAGAUUUAAUAGAACGCUGUGCAGAAUGUCCUAAACCAGAAUUUGCAAAAAUUAUCAAUCUUUAUCACCAUCCAGGCUGUGGAGGUACUACACUGGCGAUGCAUAUUCUCUGGGACCUAAAGCAAAAAUACAGAUGUGCUGUAUUAAAAAACAAAGCAAUUGAUUUUGAAGAAGUUGGAGAACAAAUAAUCCACUUGGUGACGUAUAAGGCAACUAGCCACCAGGAUUAUAUUCCUGUGCUUUUACUUGUGGAUGAUUUUGAAGAACAGGAAAAUAUCUACAUUUUACAGAAUGCCAUCCAUUCCGUUUUAGCAAAAAGAGAUUUGCAAUAUGAAAAAACAUUGGUAGUUAUCUUAAACUGCAUGCGAUCUCAGAAUCCAGAUCAAAGUGCAAAAUUAGCAGAUAGUAUUUCACUAAAAUAUGCUCUUUCUGCCAAGGAACAAAGAGCUUUUGAGGCGAAACUAGAAGAAAUUGAAAAGCAACACAAAAACUGUGAAAACUUUUAUUCCUUCAUGAUCAUGAAAGGCAAUUUUGAUGAAAAAUACAUAGAAAAUGUAGUAAGAAACAUACUAAAAGAACAGAAUAUUAAUAGCAAGGAAGCACAACUUAUUUCUUUCCUAGCUUUACUCAAUUCUUAUGUUACUGAUUCUACAAUUUCAUUGUCACAGUGUGAAAUAUUCUUAGGAAUCAUAUACACUAGUGUACCCUGGAAGCCUGAAAGCCUAGAAGACAGGAUGGGAACCUAUUAUACACUUCUAAUAAGCACAGAAGUUGCAGAAUAUGGAAGAUACACAGGUGUGCGCAUCAUUCACCCUCUGAUUGCCAUUCACUGUCUGAAAGAACUGGAAAGGAGCUAUCACAUGGAUAAAUGUCAAAUUGCAUUGAACAUAUUAAAUGAAACAGUGUUCUACGAUUCUGGAAUAGGAAGAGACAAAUUUCAACAUGACGUACAGACUCUUCUGCUUACACGACAGCGCAAGGAGUAUGGAGCUGAAACAGACACUUUGUUUUCCCCAUUAAUUGAAACUUUGAAGAACGAGGAAGUUAAAAAGGUCUUGACUAGAGGAAGUAGUCGAUUCCCAGAAAAUGCAUUCAUUUGUCAAGCUUUAGCAAGACAUUUCUAUAUUAAAGAGAAGAACUUUAAUGAUGCUCUAACCUGGGCAAAUUUGGCCAAAGAAAGAGCACCUAAAAAUUCCUAUAUCUCAGAUACACUUGGUCAGGUCUACAAAAGUGAGAUCAAAUGUUGGUUGGAUAAAAACAAAAAUUGUAAGGAAAUUACUGUUAAGGAUCUAACAUAUUUACUGGAAACUGCUGGAAAAGCUGCAAGAGCUUUCAGAGAAUCCCAACAGCAAACUGAUAGUAAAGAUUAUGAAACUGAGGCUUGGUCACCACAGAAGCCCCAAAGAAGAUAUGACACGUACAAUACAGCUGGUUUCCUAGGUGAAAUAGAAGUCAGUCUUUACACUAUCCAGAUUCUUCAGCUCACUCCCUUCUUUCACAAAGAAGAUGAAUCAUCUCUAGAAUCUAUGGUACAGUUUUUAUCUGGAAAGGAAAACAUUUCCCCUGAUCCAAAAAAUGAAUAUUAUUUGGCUCUUAGCAAGUUUACAGCCCACCUACAAAGUUUGCAAUCAGAUUUGAUAAAGUGUUUUCAUUUUUUUAGUGAUUACAUGGUUCUCCUGAAAACAAGGAAUUUUCAAAAAGAAAUGACAGAACUCAAACUCAGCAAGAAAGUCAUUUUUUGUUACAAGACAUACACAAAACUUUUCUGCCAUUUGGAUUCAACUCCAUUACAAGGGAAAGAGAGUCAGUUACUCCAGGAAGAGAAUUGCAGAAAACGUCUAGAAGCUUGGAGAGCAGAUAGGUUUUCUGGACUCCUUGAAUAUCUUAAUUCAAACCACAAAGACGCUGCAACCAUCAUGGAAAAUAUAGUGAAUGAAUAUGCCUUUUUAUUGCAGCAGAACCCAAGUAUACGGUCAAUCAAAGAGAAACAAAAUUUCAUUUUGGCCAACAUUAUUCUCAGUUGCGUGAAACCCAAUUCCAAGUUUAUCCAACCACUUAGUAUACUAAAACAACAGCUCCGAGAAGUCCUGCAACUUGUAGGACUUAAUUAUCAAUAUCCAGAUCCUUAUUUCUUGGCCUGCCUCCUGUUCUGGCCAGAAAAUCAAAAGCUAGAUCAAGAUUCCAAACUAAUGGAAAAGUAUGUCGUAUCCUUAAACAGAUCCUUCAGGGGCCAGUACAAGCGCAUGUGCAGAUCCAAGCAGGCAAGCACAUUUUUCUAUCUGGGGACCAAAAAGGGUCUCAACAGUCUUGUUCACAAGGCUGAGCUAGAGAAACACAUUAGUAAAACAAAAAACACAAAUUCCUUCUGGCAGAGUGGAGAUAUAUGGAAAACAGAAGUCAAACACCUCCUGCAUCGCCUAACUGGUCAGGCUGAAGGCAAGCUAAUCUCUAUAGAAUAUGGAAUAGAUGAAAAAAUUAGAAUACCGAUAACGUCUGUGUAUUCAAGUCCACUCAGAAGUGGUAGAAACAUAGAAAAAGUUACCUUCUACCUAGGAUUUUCCAUUGAAGGACCUCUGGCAUAUGACAUAGAAUUAAUUCAAGAAGUUAACAAUAGCUGAAAUAUAUUUACUUCUAUUUGUCUUAGAUUAUACCUUAUUCUGUCAUUUUCAUGAAUUUAUUGGCUUACCUGUAAGCACCAAUUUCUCUUUGUCUCUCUGAAAGGAUUACAAGUCUGUAUAAGAUAUAAAAGGGGUCUGUUCCGCAGAGCGGCACUCUUACAGUCAAUCAUUUACUAUUUCUAGUGUUAAUUUUGAGACUAAUACAGUUAAUUAAAAAGUUUCAAUUAGCAUCCACUGGUUACUCAUUCACUGGUUAUUGGUUAAUAAAAUCUGUAUUAAAUUCAA